CAACGUUCACAACUUUUACAGUUAACAACCAACCAAAAAAACAACCAAAACCAUCAACAUGAAAUUCUUCGCCGUCUGCUUCUUCGCUGUUGUGGCUGUGGCCUCUGCCAAGCCCGGCAUUGUCGCUCCCUUGGCCUACACCGCACCGGCUGUGGUCGGCAGCGCCGCCUACGUGGCACCCUACGCCUCCAGCUACACCGCCCACCAGAUCGCCCAUAGCGCCGCCUUCCCCGCUGCCUACACUGCCCCAGUUGCUGCCGCCUACACUGCGCCCAUUGCCGCCGCUGCCUACACCGCUCCCGUUGCCGCUGCCUACUCCGCUCCAGUCGCCGCCGCUUACUCCGCUCCUCUGGCCGCUGCCUACACCGCUCCCGUUGCCGCCGCCUACUCCGCUCCUCUGCUGCUGAAGAAGUAAGACGUUGACUGAAAUGUGACCAGGUCUUGACAUCCCCAAGUGUAAAUAAACAAUUUCGCAAACAUCCAAAAA